UGGAGAGGCCGACGUGUCUGUGGAGUGGGACAGCAGUGAUGGGGGCUUAGCAGAAUAACAUCUCCACCUCUGCGUUUACAUUUUCUCUGUUUAGCUUGGUACUGAUCUCUCGCCAUGGAUCCAGAGAAAACGUUGACAUUCUGCCUCGGGCUGAAGGCUGAGGAGAUGACCAUGUCCCUGCAGGGGCUGGACGGGACUGAAGCUGCUACGGUGGCUGUUUCCCAGAAGGAGGCUGACAUGCGCACAGUUAACCAGGUGGUGAAGCAUCAUGGGGGUUCUGGUAGCCAGCCUGUUGUCAGUCCCAAGUACUGUCCUGGGGUAAACAGCAAUCCAGGCUACCUGUGUGAAACGGGGCACUGCUGCGGGGAGACGGGCUGCUGUACCUACUACUAUGAACUCUGGUGGUUCUGGCUGCUGUGGACAAUGCUGAUCCUCUUCAGCUGUUUCUGUGCUUACCGCCACCGCCGGGCCAAGCUGAGGAUCCAACAGCAGCAGAGACAGAGGGAGAUCAACCUGAUCGCCUACAACGGAGCCUGCAACUACCCUUCCUCCAUGCUGGACCUCAGUUUUCUGGCUUCCUUCAAGUUGCCCUCCUACGAGGAGGUGGCGGCGCAGCCCUGCACCCCUCCUCCGCCUUACAGCUCUGUCUUCGCCCUGCAGGGAGGUGCCAUGGGUGGUCCCAGCUCCUCUUACCCCCAUCACCACCACCACCGUCACCCCUGCCCUCCAUAUCUGGGCCCUGGUCCCAGCGGCCUGACUUCCUCCCAGAGCUCUGACAACUACACCAGCUGCUCCUGUGAGUCCUGCUCCCUCACCUCCCCCUGCAGCACCUCCUUCUCAGUCCAGGUGACGGACGAGACGUAUGACAGCAGCCACUUCUCCACACCCAGUGAAGCGGGGGGCGACUGUGCUGUCCUGUCAAGGUUUGGGGCCAACUUCACACCAACUUCUUCCCCGACACCUCCAUCACAAGUUCCACCUGAUGUUAUCCCUGCGGCCACUCCAGAUGUCAUACCGGUACAAAGGCGGCCCUCUAACGGCAGUGAGGGAGUCUCGUCCUUAGCUCCGCCUCUCUCUCUUCCUUUACACUCUCGUCCUUCACACCCUUCUCGCCUCCCGCUCUCCCCCCUCAUUCUGUUAUCUUCCAUCCCUCCCGGUCAAGUCCAUCCUCUCGUCCUCUCAGACCCACUUGGAGCUGUAGCCAUUCAGAGAGAGAAAGAAGAAAAGGUCCCGCCUUGCGGUCCGACCACACGGUCCACUCUGUCUGCCCCUAAACAGGCCCUUUUCUCCUCAAACGUGGCUGUUUUCACACAUUGCAACAACAAAGAAGAGCAAAAACAAGAAAAAGAAGAGGAGGAAGAGGAGGAGGAAGAAGAUGACGAGGAGGAUCAUUUCCGGCAUCGACGGCUGACGGGUGACUCGGGCAUCGAGGUAUGUCGUUGCCGGGUGAAGAGGGAGGAACAAGAGGAAGAGGGACUCCAGAAGGGGCAUUUUGGGAAAGUAGGAGAAGAGGCUGUGAAGGAAGAGGAGAGGGCAGACGUGCUGCAUGACAGCGUGGACUGUUCCCUCAGAGCGAAGGCCUCAGCUCAGUCACCUCUCCUGGACGACUGCGUUGAACAGCGUGGCCACGUCUCCUUAUCCUCCAGCAUCAACCAGAAGACGGGAGAGGCCAUCAUCACCGUGGAGUCCUCGUAA